GGUGCAUGUUUUUUAUAUCGUGUGAUGUGUGUUGCAAUCGCUAGAUGAAAUGUCGUACAUUAAUUGAAAGCAGUUCAGUUACACGGUGCUCUUUCCUUUCACGCUGCAGCCUCAGCCUUUUGACCUGUAAGUCCUAAUUCUAGCAGUCUGUUGAUGAGGACAAUUAGGGGAUUGCAUCAGUGCCUGGCCCAGCUGUGUAACAGACAUGGUGCAAUACUUGACAACCAUUGUCGGAUAUUACCUGGCCUAAGACUCAGUUCUUUCACAUCUACCAGGCAAAGGCGAUUAGGUCAGCUGGUCACUAUGAAGCUUGAUACGCCCCAGUUCCACAGCCUCUUCACUCCGGAGCUCAAGCGCUUGGUCACCUUGUUUGGGAAGUAUGAGUACGAGCUGAGGAUUGCUGGUGGGGCAGUACGUGAUCUCAUUAUGGGUUCUCUCCCUUCUGAUGUGGACUUUGCAACAACAGCGACACCAGAUCAGAUGAAGACAAUGUUUGAGAAAGAGCAAAUUCGCAUGAUUAACACAAGGGGAGAGAAGCAUGGUACAAUCACUGCUCGUAUUAAUGACAAGGAAAAUUUUGAGGUCACAACCCUACGGAUUGAUGUUGAGACUGACGGUCGUCAUGCCAAGGUGGAAUUUACCACAGACUGGCAGCUGGAUGCCAACAGACGAGACCUGACAAUAAAUGCUAUGUUUUUAGGUUUUGAUGGCACCAUAUAUGAUUAUUUUAAUGGAAAAGAAGAUUUGGAUAAGAAAAGAGUUCGCUUUGUAGGAGAUGCCAGUGAAAGGAUCAAAGAAGAUUACUUGAGAAUUUUGAGAUAUUUUCGAUUUUGUGGGAGGAUAUGCGAGGGUGAAAUCACCCAUGAAGAUGAGGCAAUUAGCGCUAUCCGUGAAAACACUGAUGGACUUGCAGGUAUUUCAGGAGAGAGGAUCUGGGUAGAGCUGAAGAAGAUAGUAUGUGGGAGGGAGGCUGGCAGUCUGGUGAAGGUCAUGAUGGAUGUAGGCAUGGCACCUUACAUAGGUUUACCUGAGUCACCCCAGGUGUCAGAGUUCCAAAAGGUUUGGAGAAGAUGUCAGGCACUCAGUCCUCAGCCCAUGACCCUGAUGUCUGCCUUAUUGCACAAUGAACAGGAGGUAUAUAAGCUAAACGAGAGAUUGAAAAUGUCAACAGAUGAGCUGAAGUUAGGGUUGUUCAUUGUUCAGCACAGACUUGAAUGCUUUGACCCGGAUCCUCUGAGGGCAGCUCAGAACCUCAUGGUUGACACCGCUGGCAAGGACACUAAGGUCAAGGACAGAAUAUGUGAACUCUUCAAAUAUAAAGGCGAUGCGGAAAUGCUGAAAACUUUCUCCACCUGGACCAUGCCAAAGUUCCCCGUUACAGGUUACGAUCUGGUCGCAGCCAAAGUGCCAAAAGGACCAGUGUUUGCUAAAACACUAAAUGAAUUACGGCAGUUGUGGAAAGAAAGUAACUUUUCACUGUGUAAAGAGGACUUGUUGUCACAUGUUAAUGACAUUGUUGAGAAGAUGAAAACAUGAGUUGUCAGAAACUUGAGUGUUUUCAUGUUUUGAUUGAAUACUGUACUAUCAAACUGUUUUCAGUGGUUGGCUCAGUAGUAUGAUUGAUAAAGUGAGGUGCACCACAAAGGUCUUGCAUGGCACCCACUCUUUACCAAGUAAACAUAUCCAAGCUUGUAAACUGUGUGAGGUUGAAAAUGAUUUGAUUGUUGGUUUAUACUGGAUAUACUGUAGAUUGUUUCACUUUAUGCUUCACAGUGGUCAUAGGUUCCCCCCGGCCACUGCCUGGUUUCCUCGCACCAUGAUGCUGGCCACUGUCAUA